CUGACGGGAACAAAAGCCACCAUAUUAUGCAAUAUGGCGGAAGGAGGAACCGAACGUAUUAUAACUCAACUCUUCGUGGUUUUCGGAUCAGUGGCUCUUUUGACUUUGCUGCUCUACUGGUGUGGAACUUAUCGAUUUUCGGUUCUCAAGUCUCUUCACCUUCCUGGACCAAAACCAUGGCCUUUCUUGGGAAAUAUCCUAGAAAUAAAAAAAUAUGGCGGCGUACACGCUAUGAUGUUUGAAAACAUGAAACGAUAUGGCAAGAUUUUUGCAGUCUACAUUGGUCGGUUGCCUGCAAUUGUGAUCCUUGAUCCUGAUGUUUUGAAGCAAAUCUUAGUGAAAGACUUCUCAAGCUUUAGAAACCGGUCAGAUGCGGGCAAACCUCCCCCGCCUCUUGAAAACAACUUGUUCGCUGCGAGAAACGAACAGUGGAAGCGAAUUCGCAGUAUUUUGACACCUUCUUACACUUCUGGGAAGAUGAAACAGAUGAUUCCACUUAUGGAGGAUGCAGUUAAUGUGCUGAUGGAAAAACUAGAGAAUGUUGCUGACACAGGUUAGUUAGAGUUCAACGGUUGUAUGUAAUCAAAGAGUGUUGCAAAAUGUAGCGUGAUGUCAAUAGAAAUUGCGUGACACGCACAUGUAACUAGGAGAAAAACAAAAUAACAGGAACGACAUAAAUUUAUGUUGCAUUACUCCUUGUUUGGAAACUUUUUUGCACGAACACACGUUUUUCUUUUUAUGCAGUGUGCAGGGGACAUUGCAAUAAUUUUUUUAUCUGCAUCUCCCUGAACAAUGUUUUCAAAGUUAGCAACAAAAUAUUAAUCUUUUGGAUUUCAUUUUUUGAAAGGUGCAAACAAAAAUUGAGGGUUCAAUUUAGAUACACAGGUUGUCGAAACGUCAGUCACUGUCAAAAACAUCAGUCCUAUUCAGGACUAUGUUCACCCGGACGAUCAAACUCAACCUACUUUUGAAAAUGACUCCUGGGUUCAAACCUUUCACAAUUUAUAUACUCUUACUGUGAUACUCUUCAUGUAGUUCCUGCAUAUCUAAUUACAUGAUAUUUAUUUUGGCAAUGGUAGUAAAGACAUGUAAAUGGUCUGAGUUGGGAAUUUUACAAUGAAGGAUAUUAUUGGGGGUUUGUAAAUUGACAACCAUCGGAAAUAAUACUUGUUAUUAUUGUUAUAUAGAGGGUGACAGGCUUUUUUUUAAAAAAAUUGCCUCAGUGUACGUAAUGUUGAUGAAAAUGCCACCAAUAUGAAAAAAUCAAGAGGUUGGAGGUGGUUAUGGAAAAUUACUGUGUUCUAUCGUUGGCUAAAGAAAAAGGAACUAUAAAGGCCAUCUAGAUUAUUGUGGAAAAUUUGUGGUCAACUGAGUUAUCUUUUGUUAUGUUAUUUAAUCAUGAAAUGUCAAUUCCUCACAAAGCAAGGUACCAGUAUAUAAAAUUCUUGGAAUUUGUGCGUGGAUCUUCUAUCAUGGUUGAAUCUUGAGUGGCCUUUUUAAUUUAGUGUCAGAAGUGGCAAAAAACUGUCACAAACAAUCCCACAUAUGCAAACUUCAGAGGCUGUAAUUUACCAUCAGCAACAAAAGCCAGCCUAGCACCCAAAGCAUAAACAAAGUUUUGGCAGAUGCUGAACAGUUAACAGCUGUUCAUCCAAAUUUUGGGUGCAAAGACACUUAAAAAGAUUGCUUUUAAUCUUACCAUUAGGGUGCAGGAUUUCACGAUGUGACAGUAUGUGUCCCUCUGUCAUAAGAUUGAUCCCAGAAUUAAGAUCCAAUCAAGCUGUGUUUCUUUUUCCUUGGAAUAUUUGUCGUCUUUAUUUCCUACUGUUGGACCUAUCCUUAUCCUUUAUUGCAUGGUUCUUGAACACACAAUUAUUUCUAUUUUACUUGUAUACAUGUAUUAUUUGGUUGGAGGUGAGAAAUAGGGCACAAAAAACUUUGCCUAAGGGGAGGCCUGUUCAUAGGCUACUGUAUGUGGUUGGAUACCUGCUGAAAAGGGAAGGAAAAUGUUUUUGUCCUUCCUUGGGAUUGGCUGCUUUUUUCUUGCAUGAAAAACAUUUGAUUUACUUGCUACUUAUUAACAGUACUUAUGACACAUGUAGCUCCAUCGCCCAGGCUCCAUUUCUGAGGUAUUCAUGCAAAUGAGGUUUCAGCACUUCAGGCUGCAACCAUUUUGGUAAUGGUGAGAAGAAUAGAACAAAAAAGGCAAUUAAAAUUGUAGUGAGAGUUAAUACCCAUAUAGUUUACCCAAAUUGCUAAAAGGUCUGACAACCUCCAAACAGUUCUGAAGCCAUUUCCCUUGACUUUUGAACUUUACCGAAGAUUCCUGAAAAUGUGGUUUUUUUUUGUUGGCCACUAUUCCCCACAGCUCCCUUCUUAUUUCUAAAGUGGUGAAUAAGGGUUGAUACAGUCACUAAGAAGAACAGUGGGAUACAUAUUUGACCUUAAGGCUUGUGCUCACAAUGUUUACAAAACAGGGUUACUUUUACAUGUACUCACUAAAUUGCAGUGAAGAAAAUUUCUACAACAUUCUGAUGCAUUUUAAAAGGGAACCAUGACUUGGCCUUAAUAGGGUAAAGAGUUGCAUUUGAUUACAAUAAUGAUUCACAUCAUUUAGGUGUGACAAAGUUAGAAUGAAAAAGGCAGCAUUUAGCAUCAUUAAAGGUGCUUAUAAAGUCUAAUGUAUUGCACAUUGAGGCUGGGUGAGCUGAAUAUUUAAAAAAAAUGCUUGCCUUUAGUCAAGCUGUUUCUGAAGUUUACUAGCCUUAUCCAGUUUUUCACAGGCACUCCAACCCACUUUUUCAUCAACUUUUAUGUGGGAAAAUGUUGCUUGCCUGUCAACUCGUGUUAAAACAUGCUAGCCUGAUGGGUCACUUCACUUGCCCUAGGCUAUAAUUUGGACAGUACUUUUGUUGUGCGUCGUAAAACCUUAGCCUUUGAAUGGAGACAUAUUUGUGGUCGUCGCUUCUUUCCUCCAGAAAGGUAAGGGAUGACCGGAAUUACCUUUCCGUUUGCAGUCUAGUGAAACCUCUGAUGGGUAUCAAAGGAACCUUUUGACUGGUAAAGUAAGGGUGCACACGAGCCAAAGGCCCAAGUGGCCGUAGCUUAUCGUGAUUUCCUUAGCUCAUGCCUAGGAGUAUUGCUCCUCUCCCCGGGUGGGAUGCUAGUCCAUCGCAGGAUUACCCGCCAGCUCAAGUGACUUCAAUUAAUCUUACCUUUGGGAAUAUAUAGGUGUAAAAAUGGCAAAAUGAAAAGUCCAAGUACUUUUAAAACACAUUAGUGACUUAAAGGGGUCAAUGAUACAUGUACAUUUGGCCAGGGGAAAGGCAUUUAGAAAACGUUUAUGAUAAAAUGAAUGUUAGAGUCCUAAACAAUCAAAAUAAACUGAAAGUAAGAUAUCUAAACCGAUGAGUACAGUGUCUGCAACUAUCAUAAUGUCCCUCCUUUCCACUUCUAAAUUAAAUUGACUGCUUGCUUGCAUCCAGACAUUUCGAAUCCUUUGGAUUUUUCCAAUGUCCGUGUUUUGCUCCUUUGGUUAUUAAGUUAUAGAGGCCAAUUGGCCAAACAAUAAAACCUCAUAUAUUUGUUUUUAAUGGUAAAGGACCUUUUACUGAGAAUAAAAUUCGGGGGGUAUUCAGACACUCAUUUCAUAAGAACCAUAUCACUUCAUAUUUAGCUAAGGUCAUACCUUGCUGCCUUGUUCAGUCUUGAUUAGUUUCUUCCACUUGAGACAGUUAUCAGUGGAUUACGCAAUAAAUUGUUUAAUUAUUUAAUCCAAAGGGGGACUUAAAGGAAAUUUCGUUACGGGUGUGUCGUCCGAUUCGAGGCCUUCAAACCCUGAGCCUGUUUUAUAUAAGAACCGUUUUAACUAAUAAGCACAGCAAAAUGUUUUUGUUCUAAAUUCUUUGCGCUAUGGUCAGGGGCGGAUCUAGGGGAAGGGUACAGGGGGUGCGCACCCCCCCCCUUCUGAGAUGACCUGCGGUUUUCUAACCCAACUGGUAUUCUGCAAAAAAAAAAACUAUCUGGUUUAUUGGUGUUGAAGUAGAGCAAGAGACGAGUGCACCCCCUCCUAAAAAAAAUCCUGGAUCCGCCCAUGAUGGUUGGUUCAGUUUAACAUUCGAUGUCGGGGUAUUAUGGUCAUUCAAGGUCUAGUCCAUCUUGCACAUCUCAAAAUCACAUGAAAAUUGUCAUCAAGUGUUGGUAAAAUAUGUCUAUAACAACCAAACCAAUUACUGGGCGUUAAAAGUUUCGAAGGAGUUCAUUUUCAGUGAGUUUUUUCCUAAAUUAAAAGCAUCAGAAUUUUUAAGUAUCUCCAACCCUCUCCUACCCUACCACCACCCUUACUGGGGAUGAAAACGAAGGAACUCAACUCCUUACAAACUUUUAUUGUAAUUUGCUCUUAUUCUAUUUCAUUUUCACAGAUAGAAGUGUGGACAUGUUGGAUUUGUUUAGCCAGUUAACUCUCGACGUGAUCUUGUCAACCGCGUUUGGUAUCAAAACUGACAUUCAAACUGAUCCACAUAAUCCAAUUAAAAAAAGAGCCGCGCGGGUUUUUAGUGCGCUGUGGCUUGUUCCCUAUCUUCGGAUGUUUCCUUUUAACUAUUUUAUUCGCUCAGUGAUAUCGUUCUUCCGACAAGAAAUGGCCUUCUUUGUAGCCGCAGCUUCAGAGAUUGUUGAAGAACGCAAAAAGUCUCCCACGAAGGGAAGAAACGAUCUACUUCAGCUGAUACUUGCGGCUCACGAUGAGCCCGCAGUUCAAGGUGUCAGCAGAUUUUCCGAUGAUGAGAUCAAAGCUCAGUUGAUCACGUGGCUCUUGGCUGGUUACCAGGCCUCUAGUAACACGUUAGCCUUUACUGCAUAUCACCUUGCGAUGGACGCUGACGUGCAGGAAAGACUACGAUGCGAGGUUGAAAUUGGUGUCCAAACAUACCGCGACCUGGCUUUGUACGACCUGGUAAACGAAAUCGAGUAUCUUGAUUGUGUCAUAAACGAAUCUAUGCGGCUAUGUCCUCCGCUGCACAUUUUUGAUCGUAAAUGCGAAGAAACUUGCCAAAUUAAUGAAAGGCUCACUAUACCCUCUGGUAUGGACGUUAUCGUACCUAUAUACGCGCUCCACCAUGAUCCGGAGGCCUGGCCAGACCCGGAGGUUUACGACCCCGAAAGGUUCCGGGGCCCCGCGAAAGAUACUCGACACCCGUUUCAGUUUUUACCCUUUGGCGCCGGGCCCCGAAACUGUAUAGGAAUGAAGUAUGUGAUGAUGGAAAUGAAGGUUGCCUUGGUCAGGAUAUUGAGGAAGUUCAAGUUUGUUCGAUCACCGGAGACUCAGGUGCCCUUAGUUCUAAGUUCAGCCGUUACUCUUGCUCCAAGAGAUGGAAUUUAUUUGCGAGUUAAACGAGUAAAGAGUCUGGUGUAA